CAAACACACUCUCUGUUUCUCUCCCUCUCUCUCUCUCUCUCUCUCUCUCUCUCUCUCUCUGAGUCCGUAAUAUCGGCCGGUAAAUAACAUAGUUAAAGUUUCGGUUUUUUGGGGAAUCGUUGUUACUGUGAGAUUAAGAUAUAAAGAUUUAAUAGAUAUGUUGAUGGCGGCUGGGCCAGCUUCACCGACCGAUCGAGCGGCGGCGUCACCGGUGGCGGCGGCGGGGCCGGCAAUGAUCCCGAUGCAGAAUCCGAUGAUGAUAUCGGACUCGUUCGCCAGAGACGCGAUUCUCGCGUGGUACCGUGGGGAGUUCGCGGCGGCGAACGCGAUCAUCGACGCGCUGUGCGCGCACCUGACUCAGUUGGCUGGCGCCGGAGUCGGAGGGGUGGCGUCGUCGGAAUACGACGCGGUGUUCGCUGCAAUACACCGCCGGAGGCUGAACUGGAUCCCGGUGCUCCAGAUGCAGAAGUACCACUCCAUCGCCGACGUUGCGGUCGAGCUCCGGCGAGUCGCUGCCCCGAAGAAAAAGUACGAUACGAUCAAUGAACAGGAUCACGCGGACUCGAACGCCAAGGCCGAGACGAAGAAGAGCGUGGAGGUGAAGGUGGCGAAAUUGGAUGAGCAAGAUCAGAAAGUCGAGGAGGAGGAGCAGAGUGAGAAAAUCGACGAGAAAGUGACGGAAAGUGAUGGAAAUGUCGGACUUGAGCUUGGUGAAGAAGACGAUUCCUCACCGGAUAGCGAUAUCACCGAUUCAGGUUCUCAAGAAGUGCAGCCUGCUGUAGAGAACGUGGACUUAUGUUCUAACCAUGAAGACUGUGAGGCACGUCCCUGCCAGAUCAAGUUGACAAAAGGUUUCUCAGCCAAGGAGCCAGUGAAAGGGCACAUGGUGAAUGUUGUGAAAGGACUAAAGUUAUAUGAGGACGUCUUCACUGAUUCAGAGCUCUGUAAGUUGAAUGACUUUGUUAAUGAACUCCGCGCAGCUGGGCAGAAUGGAGAACUCCCAGGUGAGACCUUUAUUUUGUUCAACAAACAGGUGAAGGGCAACAGGAGAGAGCUGAUUCAGUUUGGGGUUCCAAUAUUCGGGCAAAUGAAAGAGGAAGCAGCAAGCAACAAUCAAACAAGCCAUAUAGAGCCAAUUCCAGCUCUUCUCCAAGGUGUCAUCGAUCACCUUCUGCAGUGGCAACUAAUUCCAGAGUACAAAAGACCAAAUGGUUGCAUCAUUAACUUCUUUGAGGAGGGGGAAUAUUCACAGCCAUUCCUGAAACCACCCCAUUUGGACCAACCCAUCUCCACUCUUCUCCUCUCUGAAUCAACAAUGGCUUUUGGACGUACUCUUGUGAGUGAUAAUGAUGGAAACUACAAAGGGCCACUCAUGUUCUCUUUGAAGGAAGGCUCUCUUCUGGUCAUGAGGGGAAACAGUGCUGACAUGGCUAGACAUGUCAUGUGCCCUUCUCCUAACAAAAGGACCAGCAUCACACUCUUCAGAAUUCGCCCGGAGUCCAAUCAAUGCCAGUCCCCAACCAGUCCUUCCAUGACUGGUGCCAUGACUCUCUGGCAACCAGGCGUUCCAAGCCCAUAUGCAGUCCCAAAUGGAGCUCUCAAUGGCUAUGAGACAACGGACGUGAUGUCCAGAUGGGGAGUUGUUCGUGCUCCAGUGGUCAUGUUAGCACCAGUGCGCCCUAUGGUGUUGAGCCCCCAAAAGCUUCCUCAAGGUGGCACUGGAGUUUUCUUGCCAUGGACUGUGGGAUCAAGAAAACCUGCAAAGCAUCUUCCUCCACGUGCCCAAAAAGGCCGUCUUCUUGCCUUACCUCCUCCUGUUGAAACUCAUGUCACAGAGUCUGCUUCUGAACCAGGCAUCAGUGUUUGAGGAAAAUUGGUGGGAAAGAAGUAAGUCUGUAGCAGCCCUAUGUCCAGAGCAAUAUGAAUCAGCAAAAGGUAGAACUCAUGUUUGCUUACUUGCUUUUGAGGAGUUUCUCUUGUUGUAACAAAAGGAGAAAAGGGUCCAGGUGCUGUUAGAGGAGCUUGUUUUAUUUAUCACAGUAAAAUUAGGCUCUAGUGGUGGUCUCAACACUUUUUCUUGAAUGCCAAUCUUGGUAGAGUUUUAGAGGUAGUUCAGCUUCAAGUAUGAGGGGUGUGAAUUGGGUCAAGUUAGAGGCGAAAUUUUGUAUUAUUGCUUAUAUUUUUCCUUUUCACAGACUAAUCAAAUCACUUUCUGGUUGUGUUGUUCA